AUGGAUUUCGGACCAAAAGGACACGUUAACGACUUGCCAUGGAGAUUGUCUCAUGCUCUGCACCUACAGCGCAGGACAGUUUCCACUAACGCCAAUUUUCACGCCCUUCUCGAAAUUGCGCGGCGCAUCAAUUAUCACGUAAUCGGCUUGCGGGAAAAGUCAACAAAGAUGGACGUCAGUCAGGGAACGUUGGAGGCAGUGGAUCUGUCCCUUCUCGAAAUUGCGCGGCGCAUCAAUUAUCACAUAAUCGGCUUGCGGGAAAAGUCAAGAAAGAUGGAUGUGAGCCAGCUCACUGAUGAUUCGGAACUUGAUGCUUUUUCCGAGGUUUUGGAAGUCAUCCGCAAAGCAAACUGCUUCUAUAAGUUCGUCGCGGGUGCAUUCAAUGCGAAAAUCGGGAUGCCAGAAGAAGGGGAGCAUAGGAUUGAGAGGUUUGGAUCAGGACUUCGGAAUGAGAAUGGAAGGAAGGAAAAACACCGGCGGUGGACAUGGGAGUCACCCAACGGUACGAUUAAGGCGGAGAUCGACCACAUUCUCACCAACCAAAGGUGGUGCUUUGGACGUCUCAGUGGUACCAUCUCUCAGUAG